AUGGGUCCACUAAUGAAUCUGUUAAGCGGUAYUAUGAUAUUGUUGGCCAUUGGUUUUACAAUUUUUGUCAACUAUCCCGAACCGCCACUAAGUCCACUACUAUAUCAAUGGCAAACAAAUGGUGGCCAUUACUUACAGUUUCGCGGUUAUCAAGUGUUUUAUAAAGAUGAAACCCAACCCACGGCUGCCAACGAUGUGGUAGUACUAUGUCUUCAUGGAUUUCCGACAUCCAGUUUCGAUUGGUACAAGACUUGGCCAGAUCUCAAACGUAAUGUCCGGCGACUGAUUGCACCCGACUUUCUGGGCUUUGGGUUCAGUGAUAAACCGCGAUUCCAYAAAUAUUCAAUCGCUGAACAAUCGGAUCUAAUCGUUGAACUUAUAGCUCACCUGAACAUCAAAAGUGUCCACAUUUUGGCUCACGAUUACGGCGAUACUGUYACACAGGAACUGAUGGCCAGACACCUUGAAAACAAACUCAACUUCAACAUCGAGAGCGUCUGUCUUCUAAACGGCGGUAUAUUCCCGACCCUUCAUAAGGCGCGGAUCAGUCAAAAGAUCUUGCKKAUGCCAAUAGUGGGCACUGUUAUUUCAAAAUUGCUCAAUUACUAUACGUUUAAGCUGGCCCUAAGCGAAGUGUUCGGACCGAAUACGCAGCCAUCGRUGGCCGAGUWUCACGACCUGUGGAAACUCUGCCGACAACAGGACGGCUACCGUGUAUUCGGUGAUCUACUGUCCUAUAUUGACGAACGUCUCGAACACGAAGAYCGAUGGGUCGGUGCGCUCCGUUCGCAGCGACUGAAGUUACACUUUAUAUACGGACCCAAUGAUCCAGUAAAUCCGGUACCGUUUGCCCAGACCUAUAUGAAGAUCAUACCCRAUGCCAGCAUCGAYAUCWUGGASAACGAUAUUAGUCAUUAUCCGCAAUUAGAGUCACCGAAACAGAUGAUCGGGUCGUAUCUGAAUUGGCUGAAACGCCACUCAUUUAUCCAGCAAUUGGUUUUUAAUACCUAAGCGCAGCUUCUCAUCGCUCCUCCUAUUCCUACUCCUCCUCCCCAUCUCUCGAGAUGAAUCACUGUUGAAUAGUUGAAAAUAGUUGRAUAGCAUUUGGCAMA